AUGCUCUGCUUUGCAGUGGGGCAGCCAAUCUCACUUCUGGCGACAGUAGGUUAUUGGAUCCUAGUUUGGCCAGAGGUGCAGUCCGGCGAGCAGGAGGUGACUUACUUGUCCGUCUACAAUCAUGGCAUCAAUGGCUUGCUCUUGUUGGUGAAUUUCAUGAUCAGCCGAAUGCCAUACACCUCUUCCAAUGGCGGAUGGGUCAUCCUUGCUGGUUUGCUGUAUCUUGCCUUCACCUACGUGCACUUCCUGUUGCACCUGGGAAUGGUCAAGGACUGCGAUGGUUAUGAGGAUAAACGUGACCGUCCCAUCUAUUCUCAGUUUGAUUGGCACAAGCCCGAAAAGACCGGCUUGCUUACUCUCCUUGCAGUGGGCAUCUUGCUGCUUGUGAUUCUGCUGUACAUGGGCCUGGCUUCCCUAACAGACCGCUGCGCACGCUGCGGUGCUUCCCUCGCAGCCGGUGGCAUGACUGGUGAAGGUGAGGUGAAAGAGCUCCUAGAUGUGGAAGACCUGCUGAACGAGCCGAAAGUCACUGAGCCGCUGAAAGGACCGAAACCCUGGCCUCUUCAGGUGCCACGUGGGGUCUGA